AUGGAGGCGCUGUCACCCAGGGAUACGAAUGCCCCCAUUCGAAAUAAACAAGCAGCCCAGAAGCCGAAAGCUCCCGCCGGCAGACCGAUCCAGAAGGAAAAGGACCACCCACCCCCGCCCCCAGAGGAGGUUCAAGAGCCUCCAAGCUCAGAUCGGAAGGAUGGAGCCAUAUAUCGAACAGGCCGCUUACUUGGAAGGGGAGGCUUUGCUAUAUGUUAUGAAGCACGCUUGUCGGGUACAAAGCAGACAUAUGCCUUGAAAAUUGUCAAGAGCCAUAUGCCACAAAAGAAGAUGGAACAAAAGUUUCAAACCGAGCUCCAGAUCCAUUCGAAGAUGAACCACCCCAAUAUCGUUCGAUUCCACAGAGCAUUCGCCUACGAUAAAUGCACAUACUUAGUACUGGAACUUUGCCCCAAUGGUUCUCUGAUGGAUAUGGUCAAGAAGAGGAAGUUUAUAACUGAACCUGAAGUUCGGUUUUGGGCCGUCCAAAUGGCAGGCGCAAUCAAGUACAUGCACGCAAAAGGCAUUAUUCACCGUGAUCUGAAGAUGGGGAAUAUCUUUUUGGACAAGGACAUGAACGUCAAAGUCGGCGAUUUUGGUCUGGCAGCUCUCUUCAUGUCAGGCAAGGACUGGAGUUCUUGCCGAAGAACAACCCUGUGCGGUACCCCGAAUUAUAUUGCCCCUGAGAUUCUUAGCAAGGACAAGCAAGGACAUGAUCAUGCAGUUGAUAUCUGGAGUUUGGGGAUCAUCAUUUUUGCCAUGCUCACCGGGAAGCCUCCUUUUCAAUCAACCACAGCGGACGAGAUAUACCGCAGAGCGCGUGAGCGAGAAUAUGACUGGCCUAAGCUAAAUACUUCGGAGAAUUUCAUCUCCCAAGAAACGAAGGAUUUAGUUUCCGAUAUGCUCCAAGCACCCGAAGAACGGCCAGAUCCCGACACUAUAGUCCAGCAUCCGUUCUUCACAUGUGGUUGGAUGCCACAAUCCAGCGAAAUGACUCCGGAUCUACGUGAGAUGGCACCUGCUGGUGAGCAAUUCCUCUCGAUUGGUGUUCGAGCCGGCAAAUCCAACAUUUAUCUACGAAAUUUGAAGAAACUGGCUGCACAGUGCGACGUUGGCCCUUGGAAUCCGCCGAAGUCACACACAACUACAUAUCGAGAAGUUGCUGCAGAAGAGAAAGCUGGCCUUACCCCAGCAGUCCCCUUGCCCGACGGUGUGGUAUAUCGACCUUUUGCUGAAUGGGUAAAAGAGCAGUCGCAACUAGUUGUGGAUGAUGAAGACGAUUUUGAAGGAUCAUCGGUUGCUCCAAAAUCUAAGCCAGUCGAGCAGCUGCGUUUACCAGCAAGUCGUCCGGCUACCCAGAGUUAUGCAGCUCAACAAAGAGCGAGACCUGGAGCAUCAAACCUCAGUCAAGCUGUCCGAGCGGGCAGGACACGUCAGCCUUCGGGACAAAGUUCGAAAUCCGCUGUAGAAAGCAGUUUAGGACCAGCUAUUAAUAUACCCACCCGAAACAAGUCCCGAAAGGAUGAAGAAAGGGUUUCUGAAGAAGUGGCCGAUGUUGAAGACCGACUUGCGAAUGAUUUAAUGAAUCAACUCAAGAAGCCCGUUGUAGAGAAGAAAUCAAAGGAGGUCCAAAUGAUCGAUCUCACUGUUGAGAAACCGGCGUCGAUUUUCAGCCCCCGCGAGAAACUCGAGCUAUUGCCAAACACAAAACCUGAUCAUGUAUUAAAAGGUCUUCAGCGACUUCAAGCCGAAUUGGAGCGAGCACUCAACAGCAGAUCUAUGGCUUUAGAGUCACGCCGAACAGCACCACAUCCGACAAUCGUUGUGAAAUGGGUCGACUACACCAAUAAAUUUGGGCUUGGCUACAUCCUAAGUAAUGGCAGUGUCGGAUGCAUCUUUAGGGGAACACCUGUGGACCCGGCUGAUGAUAGCAAAGGGAGACUACCGCCGUCGUGUAUUGUUGUCAGAGAUGCGGAAAGGCAUUUGCAAAACAGGGGGAACCCUGCCUAUGUCGAUCGACACCAGAUUGUGCCGAUUUCUGGGCCCAAGAUAGAGUUCUAUGAGAAUGGAGGCGAAAGAGGUAUUUCUCGCGGCAAAGUCAGCGCCCAGAACUACAAGAUCACUGUUAAGGACGGUGAGAGCGGUAAGUUAUCUCGAGGCGUUGACGAAUGCGAUGACCGCAAGCGAGAGAAGAUCGUGCUCUGGAAGAAGUUUGCAAAUUAUAUGACCGCAUUUGGAAGAGAUCAAGAGUACCCUUACGAAACAUUGGCAAUUGCACCCCCAGAAGACCAAACAGAGGCUACCGUUGGUCGGGAUGUCAUCACCUUCUAUCAACGAUGGGGUGACGUUGGCUGUUGGGGAUUCUCCGACGGCCAUUUCCAGUUCAACUUUCCAGACCACACUAAGAUUGUAAUCUCUGCCGACGGCGUUUGGUGCGACUUCUAUCACCUCCCAUUGGAAGCUGCUCAGGAUCUCUCUUCCAAAGGCACGAUUCCCGCCCAAGCCCUGGAUGACCGCCAACAUCUCUCCUACCCGCUUCAAACUCUCCUCAACUUCUUGGUGAAACCAAGUCGAUCCGGCAAAUCUACAAUUCGCAAGCGCCCAGAGAUCGACCCUAUGAUGCAAGGAAUUCCUGUCGCCAACGAUUUCCGCAAGAAAAUCGAGUUCAUCAGAGACAUUGUCAAAGAAUGGGUCAGCAACGGCGGUAUUGGAAACAGUAACAUGGAACCUAAUGGCCGCUUGAAAUGGCUUGGUUGUAGAGAGACAGUCAAUGUCAAAGUUCCCUACAAACAUGUCUGGGUAACGGUUGGCUCUAGAAACAACGACGAUCGGAGAGUUGCUUGGUUUAACCCAAGGAAGCCAGAAGCAAAUAUCCCAGACAUCGUUGUAUGA